CUCCCUGGCCUCCCACGGGUGAGGUGAUGGUGCUGGCUCUGGGCAGGAAGAAGCAGCGAGUCCUGAUAGCUCUCUCCAUCCUGCCCAACCUCUUCCUGGCCUUCCUGCUGUCUUCCGACCCCCUCAUCACCCUCUCCUCGCCCCACCACUGCCACCUGCCGGGGCCCUUACCGUCUCCCGAGGUGCUGAACGCCUCCCUGCCCUGGGAGAAAGGGGGGAGACCUGGGGAGAGCGGGGGCCUGUCUCACUGUAAGCAGUACCUCAACGGCAGCCAGUCGGCGGUGGUGGGCUGCGAGGUCGGAUGGGACUACAAUGUCACGGAAGGACUGAGGAACAACAUCGUUACUGAGUGGGAUCUGGUGUGUGGUCAGUACUGGCUGGUCCCAGUGGAGGAGGUGUGCUUCAUCCUCGGCAUCCUGACCGGCUGUCUGGGCCUGGGCUAUGCUGCUGACAGGCUGGGCCGGUCUAAGACUCUGCUGGCCUCUCUGACCCUGUCGGUGGUGUUCGGGGUGCUGGUGUGCGUCGCUCCGAGCCCCCCCAUCUUCAUCGUCAUGCGUUUCUGUUUGGCGGCAGCUAGUGCUGGAGUCUACCUCAUUCUGUACAUCACACGUCUGGAGCUGUGUGAGCCGUCUCUCAGGCUGCUGGUCACCAUGCUGGCCGGGCUGAUGACUGUUGCUGGAGAGCUGCUGCUGCUGGCCGUGGCUCUGGGCUGCCAGUCCUGGAGGGGCCUGCUGGGGGCUGGCGCCGCCCCCCUCACACUCUUCCUCUGUUACGGCAUUCCCGGGGUGUUCCCUGAGUCUCCUCGCUGGCUCCUCCUGUCAGAGAGAUCUGCAGACAUGAACUCCUUCACCGAGAGGAGAAACUCCAACAGGGACCUGAGGGAUGACGAGAGCUUCACAGAGCUGGACUCAGAGCCGGCCCCCUCCUCACGCCCCCACCUGUCCUACCCAGAGCUCUUCCACAGCAGGAACAUCUGGAAGAACAUGUGUGUGCUGGGCUUCACCUCUUUCAUCUCUCACGGCAUCAGUCACUGCUACAGCUCUUUCCGUGGAGACGUCAGAGGCACGGCCCCCAGCUUCUACUGGACGUACCUGCUGUCGGUGUGUGCGGGGGGGGGCGCCUGGCUGCUGCUCUGGGCCACGGUAGACAGGUUCGGUCGCCGUGGCAUCCUGCUCCUCGCCAUGACAAUGACGGGGCUGGCCUCUUUGAUCCUCCUGGGACUCAUGGAGUAUCUCAGUGAGACGGCCAUCACAGUCUUCUCAGUGCUGGGUCUCUUCUCCUCCCAGGCCACCGCCUCCCUCUGCAUCCUCUUCACUGCAGAGAUCAUGCCCACUGUCAUCAGGGGCAGUGGUGUGGGCAUAGUGCUGGCUCUGGGCUGCGUGGGCCGCCUCAGCUCCCCGCUCAUGGACCUGAGGAACCACUACGGGUACUUCCUGCACCACGUGGUCUACUCCUCCCUGGCCCUGCUGGCCGUGCUGUCCAUCCUGCUGCUGCCCGAGAGCAAGAGGAAGCCUCUGCCGCAGACGCUGGGCGACGGGGAGCAGUACCGGCGCCCCCCGCUGGGCAGGAGGAGGAGGGACAACGUGCCGCUGCUAUCCACGCCCAACCCAGAGACCUAAAACACUCCUGAAAAAGGGUCGGAUGGAUUGAAAUCACCCACUCUGCAGCUAGAAUAUUCACAUCCAUCAUGCAGAGGAGGAGAGCUGCACAGAUGAUUUGGACAAUGAGGGACGGUGAUCAGACUCUAAGCUUCCUAACAUAUCAUCCUCAAGUCAUUCCAGGCGGUUGGUUCGAGCUGCCAUUUCUUCUUCUUCACCAUUCUCCCCUUCCUGCCAUUCACAUGUGUAGAUCUAACAGCGACACAUGCAGGGAGUCCCCAUCCUCAUCUCCAUGUGCACACCAGCAUACACUGCUGCAUCUGUGCGUCUGUCGUAGAGAUGUUAGUUGCUUGAUACGGCACUCCAGACCAGAGGGGGCCCGGAGAGUAGUCGGCAAAUUAUUCCUAGCAUUUGACGUAGAGCGUUUUUUGUGGUGUUUGAUGUGUACGACAACAGUAGAAGUGCUCGGAGGUGUGCAAAAUCAAAGCAGAGUCAGCUUUGUGUACUUUCCUGUGACACCUGUGGUAAAACUCUCCCAUGUGGCAAAACUCUCCCAUGUGGCACUCCCAACAGGGGUAGACCGCUGUUCUCCAACACAUGUUGUUUGAGUGUUGGUGCCUUGUAAAUACUCUAGACCUAGUUUCUUUAACUUGUAGGGCAUCUGAGUUACAUUAAAGCAGACCCUGUAGUUGGAAACUGUACAGUACGCUGUACAGUGAAGAAGCGGUGCAGAGCACUCUGAAUUUUUGUUUUAAAGAUGGUGGUUAACUUGAACAAAAUCUUCAAAUUUAAGGGACAGUUGUGCGAACCAAUCAGUUUUGGAAUGAGGGUGAUGGGCGGUGGUGGUGAAGUCCAUAGGGACUUGGCUUGGCAACUGGAAGGUCACCAGUUCAAGUCCCGGAAAGACCAAGUGCUACCGAGGUGUCCCUGAGCAAGGCACCGUUCCCUACACAGCUCCCCGGGCGCCGUUCAUAAUGGCAGCCCACUGCUCCUAACACUAGGAUGGGUCAAAUGCAGAGAAACCGUUUCGUUACAUAGUACCUGUACUACGUAAUGACAAUAAGUUGAAUCUUCAAUCUUCUUCAAUAACUCACACAAAAAAGGCCUUAAAACAGAAAAGAGUUCAAACUGUGUAAACAAAUUCUUUGGUCUGGCCUGGAGCCAGCAAUAUGUAUGUCUUAUUUAUGUUGUUAUUAAUCUUAAUCAGUAAAUUAUCCAGAGCCCUAGCAUUUUUAAGUAUUAAGCUAAAGAUUGUUAAAUUGGGUUGGCUGCAAACUGUCACAACAUUCCUCUCUGCAUGUCCGGGAGCACUGCAGGGCUUUUUUCUGUAUUUCCUCAGAAGCUAAUAGUUAUUUAAUACCUCUCUAAAUGACCAGCUGUAAAAGAAUAGACGGGUAUGACCAGUAGAAGUUUAAAUAUGACUUCUAUAACCAGGCACAUAUGUUGUAUGUCAGCACUAAAAUGUGUACGUUUUGAAAGAGGUCAUCGGUUAUCUUGCCUGAAUGUUUAUCGAUGCUGGAGAAAGGGCCCGGUGAUUAUGCUCAAUGGGAGCUGAAGAGGGCCUUCGAGCUGAACCCCCGACUCCUCAACCACGCACCGAGGAAAUACUUUCCCUUAUGGCUUUUUUAUUUUUGAGUGUGCUGGCUGAUGUUGCACAUGGUUACAUCAUGACGGAGAAUUACCGAAGCAUGGCCAUUUUAGUGCUUCACAAAAAUAUCCCAAUGUAUGCUUGUGUUCUUGGAUAAUUAUUUUCCUGGGCGUGUGAUUUUUGAGAGGAGACGGGAGUAAUUUGGACUCUGACGUAAAGGAUUUACUAAAAUAAUUAUGAAGGACAAUUUAGCUGAUGGCUUCUUCCUCAUUCAGCCUUAUGUCAAUUUUCUUCCCCACUUUGUAUGUUGCACUCGACAAGUCCUAACACGUAUACACUGAUAAUUAUUAUCACUAUGUUUUACUUGACUCGAGUAGUAUUAUGUCUGACACCACUGAUGACCUGUUAAAUGAUGAGUGUUAUGCAGUUAACUAUAUAACCUGAUUUAAUGUAAAAUAAAAUUGGUUGAAUAAACGAGA